GGGAAGGUUUGAUUGGCUGCCGAGCUCACGUGAGGUGGAGGGUGCUGGCGGUUGACAAUAAACAUGGAGUCGAUCUUCCACGAGCGGCAAGAAGGCUCAUUGUGUGCUCAGCACUGUCUGAAUAAUUUGCUACAAGGAGAAUAUUUCAGUCCUGUUGAGUUAUCCUCUAUUGCACAGCAGUUGGAUGAGGAAGAAAGAAUGAGAAUGGCAGAGGGAGGAGUGUCUAGUGAAGAGUAUAGAACAUUUUUACAGCAGCCUUCUGUAAAUAUGGAUGAUAGUGGAUUCUUCUCAAUUCAAGUUAUAAGCAAUGCCUUGAAAGUUUGGGGUUUAGAACUAAUCCUCUUCAACAGCCCAGAGUAUCAGAGGCUUGGGAUUGACCCUAUAAAUGAAAAAUCAUUUAUUUGUAAUUAUAAGGAACACUGGUUUACAGUUCGAAAGUUAGGAAAACAGUGGUUUAACUUGAACUCUCUGUUGAUGGGUCCAGAACUAAUAUCAGAUACAUAUCUUGCACUUUUCUUGGCUCAAUUACAACAGGAAGGUUACUCCAUAUUUGUAGUAAAAGGUGACCUGCCAGAUUGUGAGGCUGAUCAGCUAUUGCAGAUGAUUCGGGUACAGCAGAUGCAGCGACCAAAACUAAUUGGAGAAGAGACAGCACAGGCGAGAGAUCAGAGACUACCCCGAAGUGAUGUGGACCAAGCAAUAGAAAUCAACCAUCCUUUUGAUGGUACAGGCAUGUUAGAUGAAGACGAAGAGAAUUUUCAAAGAGCACUGGCUCUAAGUAGGCAGGAAAUUGAUAUGGAGGAUGAAGAAGCUGAUCUUCGCAGAGCCAUUCAACUCAGCAUGCAAGGUAGUCGUCGAAGUGAAUUCUCAGAGUCAUUACUACAGAAUGCUCCUCAGUUGCCUCACACCAGUCAGACAGACUCCCUUUCUUCAGAAGAACUGCGAAGGAGAAGACAAGCAUAUUUUGAAAAGCAGCAACAGCAGCUACAGCAGCAAGAUCAGACACGAAACGUGUGUGAUAAGCCAAGUGUUACGGACGCUGUCUCUGGAGGUGAUAUGAGUGAAGAAGACAUGCUUCAAGCAGCCAUGAAUAUGUCUCUGGAAUCUGUUAAAAAUCACUUGGAUACUGAAGAGGAGAAAUGACAUCACUUUUUUUUUUUUUUCCCUCUCAUUGACAAAACACUAAAUCUCCAUUAUAAUUUUACUGUGUGGAUAUUGCACAAGAAGGGUUCAUUUCAGAGUUCUGGCAGCAGGAAUGAAAUGGGCUGGAGGUCAGAGUUUAGAGGGAAUCUGAAUACAAAGAAGAUUGCACUAAUUUAGGAAACUGUAGCACUCCUACUACAGAACAUCUGUUCAUAAAGUGGCUGUAUUGAAAUUACUUAAACUAUUCACAUGAACAAAGUUAGACACAUAUAGCAUCUAUAUCUUGCAUUGAAAAAGCAAGUUUAAAUUGUUUUAAAGAAUUCUAUAGAGAAUGCAACAGGUGCUGAAAACCAGUCAACUGAUUUCCUUCAGUACUAAUGGAAAAUAGAUACAGGUAGUAAGUCAUGCUCAUAAAUGACCACAUUCUUUAUAAGAAAUAUCUUAAAAUGGAAAAAAUAUAGUUUCUGUUUAUCUUAGAUAAUUUA